AUGAAAACCUAUCUACUAAUCAUCUUCACAGCUUCUUCCAUAUUUCUCACUUCAGAAGCUGAAGAGUUCGACCUCCCUUUGGUUCUCGACGCUACGGGAGUUUCUGCAUGUAUUCAGGUUUGCUUGUCGGAUCUCUUUUACAGCGCCGUCGAGCUCGUUCACCUACAAGAUCCUGUCCAAAGGUUCAGCAAUGUGUGUAGAAAGUAUGAUGAGGCAUCCAUAUGUGUAGCUAAGGAAAAGUUCUGUCUGCAAUCAACAAUCUUUGAGAUAGCGCUAAGUGGCAUUGACGAGGUGUGCAACGAAAGGGGAGAAGAUAUCAUGCAGUAUAAAGACUGUUUGGAAACCCAGUCGGAAAUAGUGUUGAAGAAUUGUGACCGAGAGUGUUACUUCACCGAUGUCCUUGUCACGCUGUCAGGUAAAGGAAAUGCUAAAGAGCUGCAGCGGCUGCAGAACAAGACAAAAGACUUGCAAAAGGAAUUGGCUUCUCUUUGUGUCACCUUUGGCUGCAUGUCUUCUUGCAUGGCAAGAGAUUUUAAUAUCAAUUGUUCUCCAGUAGGAACUAUGAUUGUGAAAGCAUUGCUAAAGCCUUUCUUCACAUUUUCCUCAAUUUUCGAUGAGAUUGGACCUCGUGCGAAGUUGUCUGUGUAUCGACAAGUUCCACCACAAUGCUACUACCUUGUAGAUUUUCAAGAAGUUGAAGGAAUUACUUUUGGAAAACCUCCAACUAAGAAAAUGUCCAAGAGUCCCGAAGAAGCUGUACUAAAUGAGAUUACCAGAAAGGAAGAAAUGAAGAAGAAGAAAAAGGCUGAGUUGGAGAAGCAAUUCAUGAUGGAUGUUCAGAAAGGUUCAUUACACCUGGUUGAAAAAAAUAAGCAUCGCUAA